CUCUUUCAACGCUAAUCUUAAUCGAUUCAGUUACUUUGAGACGUUAAGUGAUACUGUUGACAGCGGAACAACCAAUCAUGAACAAUCAAAUAUCUCAUUUAUGAAGAAAGGAUUAAAAGAAGGAAAAGCUAAAGCAGCUCCGUUAAGUAAAUAUCGAAGAAAGACCGCUAAUGCUCGUGAGCGUACUCGAAUGCGCGAAAUAAAUUGUGCAUUCGAACUUCUAAGACAAUGUGUUCCUGUGUCUAUAACUGGUGUAGAAACACCUAGCAAUAAUGAAAAAUUAACAAAAAUAACUACCCUUCGGCUGGCAAUGAAAUACAUCAGAAUUUUAAGUGAGAUAUUGAAUAAAUGUGAAAAAAUUGCAUUAAAUAAAAAUAAUGGAGAAAAUAGUUUGUAUACUACUUCUAUAUUAGACUACCAAGAUAUUUAUAAUGAUAUUUUAAAUGACACAGUAUUCAAACCAACGGUGACAAAACCAACUGGUGGUCGAAAAGAAUUGAAAAAACAAUGUACAUUAACGACACAAAAUAAAAUCAAAAAAUCAUCAAAGCCACGAAAAAAAUAUACGAAAAAACAAGAAAAGCAAUUUAUCAAGGUGUAUGAAAAAAACAAAGUUGUAGGAACCGAUGAUGAAUGCUUUCCGAAUUUUGGAUUAAGUCUAGAUUCAGAUGGUGAAUCACUUCAAUUGUCCGAGACUUGUGUUAAUUCAUUCCCAAAAAAUAAUCAUUGGCCUCGUCUAGACAACUUGAACAACCUUGGGCUUUUACUGGAAUCAGAUGGAGAAUCACUCGAACUGUCGGAGCCUUGCCUUAGUCCUCUAAGUCAUCUAGAUUCUAUCAAUAAUUUUAAUGAUUUAUUAAAGACUGGGUUUUCAGAGUCUUCUACUUUAGAAAUAUUUCUAACUUAA